AUGAGUAAACCGACCGGAACCAAAAAAAUUAAAUCGGCUUUAACAAAACCAAAAGCCCUUUUUACAUUCGCUUUGGGCGAGGAACGUAAGAAGCGAAUUGCCGCCCGAACCCGUCAGCUCAAUGUACCAGUACCGAUUGAUGUGGAAGUGCUGAUCGAAGACAGGGUCAAGCAUCUCAAGGAUAAUAGUUUUGUUUUUCUUACGUAUGCGUACUCGAAAAACAGUGAACACUUUACACCGUACAGUUUUUUGGAGGUUCCCUUCAGCAAGGCGGAUAAGCAUGAGUAUUUUACCGUAAGCCGCCACGGUGUUACUUACUGGAGCGAUACAGAAAAUCAUUUCACCGAGCUCGAUGCAUGGCUUACGGAUUAUCGCAAGUAUCGAACACUUACGGAACUGGGGUUCUUCAAGCACUAUCGCCGCGCAAAAGCAUUUCGUAUCUGGCUGCGUAACAUCCAGUGGUACAAGUAUGAAAAUGCACGCCAAAAGAUUGCGGCCAGCGCAUUUGUGGUGUUACCACGGUUGGCUAGAGCACUGCUGACGAUGCAGGACGAGUUUGUGCAACUGGUAGGGUUCCGGUUUUUCGAUGUGUCUGUGGCGGAAAACUGGCAUUUGCCUUAUUUCAUUGAAACACAGAUGACCACCUUUGAGCAAGUGCGAGAUCUACUUCAGCAGCUGCGCGAAAAGAUGCGCACGGUACUGUAUGAUGCAUGCUGCAACACGCUCAUCGAUCGUGGUUUCUCACCCCAGGAUGAGGCAAUAAAUGUAACCAAUAAAAAGAAACUAAAGGACAUGAUGAGCUUCACCGAACGUGCUAACAAGCGCAAGUUGUGCGCUUUAUUGGCCCGCUUUCUUGCUUGUGCGGAUCAGAUGAUGAUUACGUUGCUGCAUCAAAUUCUGCGUGAAUCGUUCAAAAAUUUGGCUAACGUAUUCUUUAUCUUUAUGGACAACGGAGCAUUAAAUGCGGAUACCCGAGUUACAAAACCACCGUUCAUGAACGUAGAGCUGGUGCUGAAACCAACGCGCAUUGAUCUCGAUCCUUCCCGGGAAGUAACCACACGAAUGCUGGAGGAUCUGAGCAACUUGGUAAUGAGGACGGUUUACAAAAUAGAUCGAUUUCAAAGUGAUGCGUAUUUCGAUAUUUAUACCGAACCAACCAUUAUGGGAAGGAAAGAGGACAGGCUUUGUGGGAAUCCUCCCAGCCUCGAUUUCAUCAUUAGGAACGAUAUGCAGCUGUCGGAUGAUGUGAAAACAAUUUUUGAUGGUAUCGUCGAAGCGUACAACAACGUCGACCAAUACGUCGUCCAGUUCGAUCGUAUUCGCUUAUCGUACCAAGAAAAUCUAGCCGUUGACGAUACCGUGAUCAGAGGUGAAACGAAUUUGGAGGUGCUGAAAAUGUACUGCGAACGGUUUAGCAAUCAGAUGACCGAACUCGAAAAGAUCCAGGAAUCACAUCCGUUGGGUUUGCUGCAAGUGAAGCAGGUCGCGUUUCGCCAAGAGAUAACACCCAUUUGCCAGCAGUUGCUGGCGGUGCUGGACGAAACUAUUCCCCGUUUGGCGAUGGAAAAAAUCAAUUACGUCGAGCAGAAGGGCGAAGAACUGCAGACAAAGUUGCUAAUUGUGCCGGAGGAAACCAAUCACUACAUUUACUACUUUAACCACUUGGAAGUUUGCCACGAACAUGUGGCGAGUUUGCAAAAGGAGCUAAACUACGCUUACGAAGCGUUGAAAAUCAUGAAAAACUACCAUGUUACGUUUGCCGAUGAAGACAAAGAUAAAUAUUUAGAUAUGGAGGAGUUUUUGAACGAAAUCAGCUUUACGCUGGAAAGCAAAAGGGGACAAAAGCAGGAUCUGAUCAAUAAGUUUGACCUGUGCCUACAGGCGGAUAUCACGAAAAUAUUUACCGAAGUCGAGGAUAUACACGAAGAGGUGCUGAAAGAAUGGUUGCUCGAUUUGGGGUCGGAUCCGGCCCAGGUACGCGACUGUUUGAUUGAUCUGUCCGAGCGUUUGACCAUGUGCCAACGGAAGGCACAGGAGUAUAAAAAAUAUCAGAAAGAGUUUCGCCUAGAAGUGACACGCUUCGAAAAGCUCGAUCAGGUCAUCAAUGAGGUAAAACUGCGCCAGAUACUGUGGGACAGUGUGCAACAGUGGAAGGAGUCGGUCGAAAUAUGGAACGAAAUACAUUUCCACGAGCUCAACAUGGACGAGGUAGAGGCACUUAACACAAAGAUCCUGAAAAACUGUGCCAUGCUCGAUAAGAAUCUGCCGAAGAAUGAUAUCAUACCAAAGUUGAAGGCGGAAGCGGAAGAAUUUAAGGACAAGAUACCGGUACUAGGAUUUUUGCGUAAUCCCGCACUCAAGACCCGGCACUGGAUCAAGAUCGAGCAGAUACUGAACCGCCACCUCGCGGAAGAGAUAGAAAUUUAUCUCGCCACGUUCGAAGAUGCGAACGCGUUUGAAGAAGAUAUUGCGUCCGAACUAAUGGAGGUUUCAAACAUGGCUAGUGCCGAGGCGGGAUUAGAAACGUUGCUAAACAAGGUGGAAAAUGCGUGGAAGGAACUGGAACUGACCGUGAUCAAUCAUCGCGACCAUCGGGAUGUAUUCGUGCUGGCAAGUAUUGACGAAAUCCAAACCGUCCUGGAUGAGUCAAGCAUUAACGUCAGUACGGUGGCCGCUUCGAGACACGUUGGUCCUAUCAAACCGAAGGUAGACGAUUGGGUAUCCCAGUUGGAUCUGUUUUCGCGUACACUGGACGAAUGGAUGCAAUGUCAGCAGUCAUGGAUAUAUUUGGAAGCAAUAUUCUCGGCCCCGGAUAUCCAACGCCAGUUGCCACACGAAACACAGAUGUUCCUGCAGGUGGACAAGGCAUGGAAGGAUUUAAUGCGACGCACACAGAAGGCCCCCCUCGCUCUUGGGGCAAUGACGGCCGAAGGUGUACUGGAGCAGUUGCAAAUUCAUAACGUUUUGCUGGAGAAAGUUACACGUUGCUUAGAGGCGUACUUGGAGGUGAAACGCAUGGCAUUCCCUCGCUUCUACUUUCUGUCCAAUGAUGAAUUAUUGGAAAUAUUAGCGCAAACAAAAAACCCGUACGCCGUACAACCGCAUUUAUCCAAGUGCUUUGAUGCGAUUGCAAAGAUUGAAUUUGGCAAGAAAAAAACCGAAACCGGUGAAUCGGUAAUGACCAACGACAUCAUAGCGAUGAUCUCACCAGAAGGUGAACGUCUCACGUUUGGUGUCGGCUUGAAAGCACGCGGUGCGGUCGAGGAUUGGCUGUCGAAGGUGGAGGAGGCAAUGUUUUUGGCAGUCAAGCGAUACAUGCGCCACGGGAUCCGCGUUUACGGUUUGAAGGAUCGUUCGUUUUGGAUGCAAGAGCAUCCGAAUCAGGUGGUACUGACCAUUUCCCAGCAACAGUGGGCGGCAGACGUGCACAAUAUCCUGGACGGUGGCGACAAUCCGGACAAAGGAAUGGAGGAAUUUCAUGAAAAACUCACUAAAAAUUUGACCGUCCUUGCUGCCAUCGCGCGUACCAAAAUUUCCAAGCUCGUGCGUAAGGUGCUGUGUGCACUGAUCACUAUCGAUGUGCAUGCGCGAGACAUGAUCGCAGGAAUGAUUGCUAAAAGGGUCCAAAAAUCUACGGAUUUUGAGUGGUUGAAAAUGUUGCGCUACUACUGGUUGUCGGAAACAGAGGUGAUAGACACGAAGAUGGCGUCGGCCAAUCUGCCCUACUUCUACGAAUAUCUCGGCGCGGGUGGAGUGCUUGUAAUAACACCGCUCACUGAUCGAUGCUACCUUUGUCUGAUGGGUGCGUUGCAGAUGGACCUUGGGGGAGCUCCAGCAGGACCCGCCGGCACGGGCAAAACCGAAACGACCAAAGAUCUUGCCAAGGCUCUCGCCAUCCAGUGCGUCGUGUUCAAUUGCUCCGAUGGAUUGGACUACAAAAUGAUGGGACGCUUCUUUACGGGGCUCGCACAAUCGGGUGCGUGGUGUUGUUUCGACGAGUUUAAUCGCAUCGAUAUCGAGGUGCUGUCGGUCAUUGCGCAGCAGCUGAUUACGAUACGAAAUGCCAAGGCGGCCAAGAUGAAGCGGUUCCUGUUUGAAGGACGCGAAAUUCGUCUAAAACCAUCGUGUGCCGCCUUCAUCACGAUGAAUCCCGGGUAUGCCGGAAGAACGGAGUUGCCCGACAAUUUGAAGGCUUUGUUCCGGCCGAUAUCAAUGAUGGUACCGGACUAUGCACUCAUCGCCGAGGUGAUCCUGUACUCGGAAGGUUUCGAAGGAUCGAAAAUACUGGCCAAGAAGAUGGUACAAAUGUACAAGCUGUGCAGCGAGCAGCUGAGCCAGCAGGAUCAUUAUGAUUUUGGUAUGCGCGCUGUAAAGAGUGUGCUCGUCAUGGCGGGCGCGUUGAAACGUGCUUCCCCCGACCAACCGGAAGAUGUAACGCUCAUAGCUGCACUGCGCGAUUCUAACUUGCCGAAAUUUCUUGCCAACGAUGCCGUGCUGUUUAAUGGCAUUCUUAGUGAUCUUUUCCCGGGUGUAGAACUACCAGAGCCGGAGCGUGGAGAAUUACAACAAGCAAUCGAACAGUGCAUGGUCGAUCGCAACCUGCAGCCAGUUCCAGAGCUGGUGCUGAAAACGCUUCAGCUCUACGAAACAAUGGUGGUGCGCUGGGGUGUAAUGCUGGUUGGUCCUACUGGUAGUGGCAAAACGACGGUCCUUCACAUACUGGCCAACGCAUUCGAAAAGCUGCACGCGGAAGCAGUGCCCGGUCCGCUAUACCGACCAGUACGCAUACAAACACUCAACCCGAAGGCAAUCUCAAUGGAUGAACUGUAUGGGUUUGUAAACUUGGCUACGAUGGAGUGGCGCGAUGGAUUACUUGGCCUAGCCAUCAGAUCAGCAGUCGUCGUAACAGAUGAAAUUCACCAAUGGGUUGUUUGUGAUGGUCCCGUCGAUGCGGUUUGGAUAGAAAACCUUAACACGGUGCUGGACGACAACAAAAUGUUGUGCCUGGCAAAUUCGGAACGCAUCAAGCUAACGAGCUGGGUGCACAUGGUGUUCGAGGUGCAGGAUCUAGCCCAAGCCUCACCAGCCACCGUUUCACGGUGCGGUAUGGUGUACAUGGAUCCGGUACAUCUCGGAUGGACAUCGAUAGUGAAAUCGUGGCUCAAUUCGGUUCAACAUCUCCACCUGGACGGGGAUUUAAAGGCACAUAUGCUAGCGUUGUACGAGCGACACUACGAAACCAUAACGAAGUUUCUGCAUCGCAACUGCAAAUGGAGCAUCCAUCAGGUGAACAUCAGCAAGCUGACAAUGAUGUCCAAGUUGCUGUAUUUGCUACUCCAGGAAACCCAAGGAUUGCACCUGAUGGAGCGCGGUGAAGCGAAACAUUACAUCUUCAAAAUGUUCACCUGGUGCAUGCUGUGGUCUUUCGGUGGCAAUUUGUUGGAUGAUUCCAAGGUGCAGUUCGAGCAUACCUGGUAGGAACCCGUCCGAUAAAUCAUACUACAAUGUUACAACUUUUCCAAUAGAUUACCCAAGGAUACACUGUGGGAUUUCCGCAUCAACACGAAGACUCGCACGUGGGAAAGCUGGAACGCAAUUCAUCCAAAGUUUGUCUACAAUCCCUCGAUGCCCUACUUCGAUCUGUUGGUUCCCACGCUCGAUACAACCAAAUAUGGAUUUGUAGCGGAAAUGCUACUGCAUCAUCAGUAUCCGGUCAUGUUUACCGGCGAUACCGGGGUGGGCAAAUCGGUACUGGCCCGCGAAAUACUUAACCGCCUGAUGCAACGUGACGUGAUACCGAUCUUUGUGAACUUCUCCGCGCAAAGCGAAAGUGCACGCACACAGGAGAUCAUUGAAUCACGCCUAGAACGGCGCAAAAAGACACUGCUCGGGGCACCGAUUAACAAAAAAAUCGUAGUGUUUAUCGACGACGUCAACAUGCCGAAGCUGGACCGAUACGGUAGCCAACCUCCGAUUGAACUAUUGCGUCAGUUUGCCGAUUUCCGGGGACUGUACGAUCGCGAAAAGAUGUACUGGAAGGAUAUUGUUGAUGUAACACUCGGCGCCGCCUGUGCACCACCGGGUGGUGGUCGGAACGUACUGACGGCCAGAUUCAUUCGCCAUUUCGCACUCUUCUCAUUGCCAACACCGAACAGUGAUACACUAAAGACCAUCUUCAAAGCUAUUUUGGCCGGAUUCUUGAACGAGUUCAAUAUGGCCAUACGCCCGUUGGCUGACCCAAUCGUGGAGACGGCCGUGGCAGUAUAUGAGCGUAUAUCGGCUGAGUUGCUGCCUACCCCCAAGAAGUCACACUACGUGUUCAAUCUGCGAGAUUUGUCCAAGUGUGUGCAGGGUGUGCUGCAGGCCGAUUCGUCAAGCUACAUCAAUCCAAUACAGCUCAUGCGUUUGUUCUAUCACGAAUCAUUACGCAUAUUUUACGACCGCUUGAUCAACGAGGAGGACAAAAUGUACUUCAAGCAGUUGCUGCAGGAUUGCUGCGAAAAGUUUUUCGAAACAACCGUCGUGCAGCCGGAAGAAACUAUUAUGUUCGGUGACUUUAUGGUGUUUGGGCAGGCGGCUGAAGACCGCGUGUACGAAGAGAUCAAGGAACUGAAGAAGCUUAAAUCGGUGCUGGUGGACUAUUUGGAGGAUUAUAACAGCACGGUUGGUACGGAGAUGAACCUGGUGUUCUUUGCUGACGCCGUCGAACAUAUUGUGCGCUUAGCGCGGUUACUGCGCUCGGAACGGGGAAAUGGUCUACUUGUUGGAGUGUCUGGUAUGGGUAAGCAGAGUCUGGCGAAGCUAGCCGCGCACAUCAACGGCUACCAAUGCCAUCAGAUUGCGCUGCGACGGGGUUACGAUCACAGCUGUUUCCAUGAAGAUCUCCGUCGUAUCUAUUGGAUAGCGGGGGUACUAAACAAACCCACUGUGUUCCUCAUUACUGACACACAAAUCGUGCAUGAGUCGUUCAUGGAGGAUAUUAACAACAUUCUGAACUCGGGCGAAGUUCCGAACCUGUUCGAGAGUGACGAGUUUGAGAAAAUUAUACUGAACUCCAGACAACCAUGCAUUGAGAGCGGAUACCCGAACCAAACGCGCGAUGGCAUAUUUGAGUUCUUCAUCAAACGGGUCAGGACCAAUCUACACGUCAUCAUGUGCAUGAGCCCCGUCGGCGAUACCUUCCGGGGUCGAUGUCGCAUGUUUCCUUCUCUAGUGAACUGCUGCACCAUCGAUUGGUUCGUGAAGUGGCCGGCGGAAGCGUUGCGCAGUGUAGCGAUCGGUUCGCUAAAGGAUGUCUCAGACAAUGAGGUACAGUGCAAACACUUAGCACAAAUCUGUGUCAUGAUACACGAAAGCGUGGAGAGCAUUUCGGAGCGCUUCUAUCGCGAAAUGCGCCGCCAUUACUACACCACUCCGAGCAGCUACCUGCAGCUGUUGAACCAGUACCGUGUGCUGGUCCAGAAGCGCAUUGAUUCGAUCGUGCAGAAGAAGGACCGCAUUGCCAACGGCUUGAGCAAGAUUCUGGAAACCAACCAGGUGGUGGCCGAAAUGGGUGAGGAGUUGAAAAAAUUCGUUCCGAUACUGGAGGAAAAGUCAAAAAACAUGAAGGAGCUGCUGGCGAAACUGGACAAGGAUAAUGCGAUGGCGGAAAGUGUCAAGAAGAGUGUGGCAAAGGAUGAGGCCGAGGCUAAGAUUAAGGCAACCGAGACACAGGAGAUUGCUGACGAGGCGGCAAAGGAUUUGGAGAUCGUGCUACCGACGCUGCAGGCGGCACAGGAUGCGCUGAAGUCUCUUAACAAAAAUGAUAUCAAUGAGCUGCGGGUGUUCCAGAAGCCACCGAAGUUGGUACAAUUUGUGAUGGAGGCCGUGUGUAUUUUACUCGGAGCAAAGCCUGACUGGAACACGGCUAAAGUGGUAAUGUCGGAUGUAAAUUUUUUGAAGAAAUUAGAGGACUAUGACAAGGAACACAUUUCCGAAGCCAUCAUCAAGAAAAUUAAAACAUAUGUUGAUCAUAAGGAUUUCCAACCGGCCACAAUCGAAAAAGUUUCUAAAGUGGCCAAAUCGAUGUGCUUGUGGGUCAUUGCCAUAGAAAAGUAUGCCAAAAUUUACAAAGUAGUAGAGCCGAAAAUCAAGCGCCAAAAAGCGGCUGAACAGGAGUUGGGCGAGGUAAUGCAACUGCUCAAGUCGAAGCAAAGCGAGCUGGCAGAAAUCGAAGCCAAAAUAACGAUGCUUAUGGCAAACUUGGACGAGAAGAAGCGCGAAAUGAAGCUGCUGCAGGAUCACAACGACCUGACAAACGCUCGAUUAACGCGUGCCGGCCGGCUAACAUCAGCCCUGGCGGAUGAAGAGGUACGUUGGCGCGAAACGGUGAAACAACUGACGGCGGAACAUUUCGCCGUGCCGGGUGAUGUGCUGGUAGCAUCCGCGUACGUUGCGUAUUUGGGUGCAUUUCCCAUCGACUACCGCCGAACACUGUCCGAAAUUUGGGUGUCAGAAUGUAAGCGUCUGAACAUCCCGAGCAGCCCAUCCUUCAAUCUCGUACAAAUACUCGGCGAUUCAUAUCAGAUACGCCAAUGGAACAUGUGCGGUUUGCCACGGGAUGCCAUAUCGGUAGAAAAUGGUAUCAUCUCUACGGAAGGUGGUCGCUGGCCGCUAAUGAUCGAUCCGCAAGAGCAAGCAAACCGUUGGAUACGUAACAUGGAGUCACGGAAUGAGCUGCGCAUUAUCAAGCUGACCGAUGGAAAUAUGAUGAGAAUAUUGGAAAUUUGCAUUCGGCAAGGGUUUCCAAUGCUGAUCGAAGAUGUACAAGAAACGUUGGAUCCCGUCUUGGGUACGGUUCUGAUGAAACAAAUCUUUCUACAGAAUGGACGACUAAUGAUCAAAUUAGGCGAUGUCGAUGUGGAUUAUGACAACAACUUCCGCCUGUAUAUGACUACAAAGCUUCCAAAUCCACACUUUCUGCCGGAGAUUUGCAUUCAAGUUAGUUUGGUUAAUUUCCUCGUCUCGAGAAGCGGCCUAGAGGAUCAAUUAUUGGCAGAGAUCAUCAAGAUUGAACUCCCGGAAAUGGAGAAGCAACGUAACGAUUUGAUCACCACUAUCAAUGCAGAUAAGCAACAGUUGCUGCUACUCGAAGACAAGAUACUGAAAGUUCUGUACAGCUCACAAGGAAACAUUCUCGAUGAUGAGGAGCUGGUGGAAUCCCUGAACGAGUCGAAGGAAAUGUCCACCAUCAUCGCCGAUCGCCUUAUCGAAACAGAACGCACAGAACUGAACAUUGCGGCCACGCGUGAAAAGUAUCGCGUUCUGGCGGCCCGUGGUGCAAUUCUUUACUUCGUCGUAGCCUCGCUUUCGGAGAUCGAUCCCAUGUAUCAAUUCAGUUUGCGCUAUUUUACACAAGUUUACUGUUCGGUGGUAGAACAGCCACAUGCACGGAUGGAGCUGCCUGAGCGUCUUGCAACCCUGCUGGAGGACAUAACCUUCACCGUAUUCGCCAACAUUUGCCGUGGAUUGUUCGAGAAACAUAAGCUCAUUUGCGGCUUUUUAGUUGCGUUUGCUAUCUGCAAGGAAGCGCAACAGUUUUCGGAUGAAGAGUUCAGCUUUAUCGUACGCGGACCAUCACAGCGCAAGUUUUCCCUCGAAGGGAAGCCAACGUUUUUGACCGAUAACCAAUGGAUCGCUUGUUGCUUUCUCGAGGUGUACGAUUCAAUCAAAUUUGCCGAAGUGACGAAACAUCUGCAUCGAUCAUUGAUAAUCGGUAUCGAGGAUUUUCAGGAAGAUCUUUGCCUCGCACCUAACCCCGAACCGGCUGUGAUUGAUUGGAACGCACGGCUAUCGGUUUCAGAGAAGCUCAUGCUUGUGGCAGCGCUGAAGGACGAAUUCCUGGUAAUUGCCGUUACGGAGUUCAUUCGUCACGCGCUGGGUAAACGAUAUACCGAGCCACCCAAAAAUACCAGCCUGGCAUCACUAUACGCGGACAUAUCACCAACCAUUCCGCUAGUAUUCGUGCUGUCGGCAGGAUCUGACCCCAUGACGGCUUUGAUCAAAUUCGCCCAAGAACGAGACUGUGUCGAGCGAUUGCGUUCCAUUUCGCUGGGCCAGGGCCAGGGUCCAGCUGCGGAAGCUUUAAUCGAAGCUGGCAUUCGGGGCGGUCAAUGGGUGUUUUUACAAAAUUGUCACCUGGCAACGUCCUGGAUGGAAGCGAUGGAGAAAACCGUGAACCGCAUAGCAAUGGGAUUACAAACGGUCGACGCUAACUUCCGACUGUUCCUAUCCUCCAUGCCGGUGCGAACGUUUCCGAUCAGUGUGCUGCAGAAUUCGGUUAAAGUAACCAACGAACCACCGAAGGGUUUGCGUUCCAAUCUCGUACGCUCACUCGCCGAGUUGGAUCGUAGCUGGUUCGAGUUUCACGUGCUCGGAGCGCAAUGGCGAGCUCUCGUUUUCGGUCUUUGCAUGUUCCACGGCGUUAUACUCGAGCGGCGCAAAUUUGGUCCGCUGGGAUGGAACAUAACAUACGAGUUUAGCGAAAGUGAUCGCGAGUGCGCCCUGCGAACGUUGGAUAUCUAUUGCGAUCGCGAACAAAGAGCACCGAUACCGUGGGAUGCGCUAGAAUACAUCAAUGGAGAGAUAACUUACGGUGGACGUGUAACGGACGCUUGGGAUCAACGAUGUUUGCGGGCAGUACUGAAACGAUUUUCCUCUCCACUGAUCAUGGCCGACGAGUACAGUUACAGUGGAAGUGGACUAUACCACUGCCCUACCGGUGAGGAGGCACGAAAAAUCGAAGGAUUUCUGGAGUACGCUGGACAGCUUUCUAUACACGAUCCGCCGGAUAUAUUUGGAAUGCACGAGAACGCAAACAUCAUAUUCAAUCGGAACGAAACACACUUCUUCCUGAACACUCUGCUUGAAAGCCAAUCGGGCGGAGAUACUCUGGGCGAGGAAGCGAUUGCUGCCAUGGACAAGAUGUGCCUGGAGAAAAUUGAUGCAAUCCGAAAGGUGAUAGCAUCUCGCAUCGAGCACGAUGAAUUGCACCCGAGUUUAAUGCAACGAGAUGCCAAAAACCGCAUUCCUUCACUGACGACAGUACUGCUGCAAGAAGUGGAUCGGUUCGACAGACUUUUAACCGUACUUCACGGUAGCUUGCGCGAUCUUGAGAAAGCCAUUCAAGGGUUUGUAGUAAUGUCGGAGAGCUUGGAAACGAUCUACCGGGCAUUUGGUAACAAUCAAGUACCGCAGAUGUGGCACUCGAAAGGAUACCUUUCAACAAAGACCCUGGCCAGCUGGGUGACGGACCUGCAGCAUCGGAUCGAAUACGUACGGAACUGGUGUGUGGAAGGGUUACCCAUCUCGUCGUGGGUGUGUGGUCUGUUUUUUCCACAAUCUUUCCUCACCGGAACGCUUCAGACAUACGCCCGCAAACACAACGUUCCCAUCGAUACGUUGCGCUUUGAUUUCGAAAUAAUGAAUGUAACGUUGCACCAGUCGCUGAUUUAUGAGGAACGUUCUAAAAAGGGAAUCAAUGAACUUUUUCACCACCUACACCCUCCUAGCGAUGGAAUUUUCAUACACGGUCUGUUCAUUGAAGCCGGUCGUUGGGAACCCGCAGAGGGAGGGCUUUGUGAUGCUAGAUACCGGGAGCUAAUUGCUCAUUUGCCCGUCGUGUGGUUGAAACCAUGCACGGAUCUUUCGGUAGGGCACCGCUACGAAGCCCCAUUGUACAAGACAAGUGUAAGAGCGGGCGUCCUGUCAACGACCGGCCAAUCCACGAAUUUUGUACUAUCGGUUCUACUCGAUUCGAAGCUUCCCUCCGACUUCUGGAUUUUACGGGGAACAGCUCUCGUUACACUAGUAACGGACUAA